GGGCUUCUCGCCUUAAUCUAGCUCCGGGACCUGGAUGAAUGCGAAUGUGGGAAGAAGGAUUCGAAGUCCUGGAUUCUUCGGAGUUCUCUUCGGGGAGGGAACAAUCGAUUCAGAACCCUGAGCGAGGCUCCUGGUGUGUGGAAGACCCUUUUGCAGCGGGUGAAUAAUAAUCAUCUGAGACAGUGGGGCUCCGAUGGACCGCGGGAGAGGAAAGGUCUCUGAAAUUUCUGCGGCGGAAAAGUGCUAUUUUGAGGAAAAAAAUCUCUUCCUUGUUAAGGAAAGUUCCGAAACAUUGGCUUUUUAAAAAGGUUAUUGAGAGUCAUCUAAAAUAGUAAAAAAAAAAAAAACACUCUUUUUUUCAAGUCAAGGCGUUUGAAAUGAAAGUUUUGAUCAUCUGGCGACUUCGCUGGGGGCAACGUGUAGCAAUGGAGCAAAGACGAAGGAAUCACCUUGUGUGUGAGCGUGUGUAUGAUCUGCUUAAUUCCCAAAAUAUUGCUUGCAUAUUACAUACUGCUUUGAGAGGAAAAUUGGAAGGCAUUAUCACUUGGCAAGUUCCUGAAUAAAGCAGUGUAGGAACAGAAUCACUAAGGUCCUUGAGAUAGUAAUGGCUAUUCGUCAUGAAUGUGAAUAUGGAGACCACUGGGACAGAUGAAGUAGAGAAAAUAAAAUCAAAGUUUAUAUCUGCAUGGCACAAUAUGAAAUAUGGCUGGGUAUUGAAAACUAAAACUUAUUUUAGCAGAAAUUCUCCUGUCUUUUUGCUGGGAAAGUGCUACCAUUUCAAGAGUGAUGAGCCCAGUGAUCAGUCACCAAAUGGUUCCAGUGAUGAUGUUACAGAAGAAGGGUUUUCAAGAAAUGUUGAAGAGUUCCGUAAAGAUUUUAUUUCUAGGAUAUGGCUGACUUACAGAGAAGAAUUUCCCCAAAUCGAGGGUUCAGUUUUAACAACAGACUGUGGCUGGGGCUGUACUCUGAGGACUGGCCAAAUGCUUCUGGCCCAAGGACUUAUUCUCCACUUUCUUGGUAGAGAUUGGACUUGGCCAAAUGCAUUUGUCUUCGAGAAUCCAGAGUCUGAAUCAUGGACAAGUCAGACAGUAAAAAAGCUCACAGCGUCUCUUGAAGCAUCACUUACAGGAGAAAGAGAAUUCAGGAACCAGUCAAAUCAUCCUAAGGAUCCAGUACGCAACUGGGAAAGCGAAGAAAACAUGGAGGAGCAAUAUCAUCGAAGAAUAAUCUCCUGGUUUGGUGAUUCACCGCUUGCCAACUUUGGCUUGCAUCGGCUGAUAGAAUAUGGAAACACAUCUGGCAAAAUUGCUGGAGAUUGGUAUGGGCCAGCUGUUGUAGCACAUCUUUUGAGGAAAGCAGUUGAAAAGGCAAGAGACCCUGAGUUACAAGGAAUAACUAUCUAUGUUGCUCAAGACUGUACAGUUUACAAGUCUGAUGUUGUUGAUGCACUCUGCCCUUUCAUGGAUUCUGAAAAGACAGAUGCCAAAUCUGUGAUUAUAUUAAUUCCUGUGAGGCUUGGUGGUGAACGGACCAAUAUGGAAUACUUUGAGUUUGUGAAGGGAAUUUUGAGUCUUGACUACUGCAUUGGCAUUAUUGGAGGCAAACCUAAGCAGUCAUAUUACUUUGCUGGAUUUCAAGAUGACAGCUUGAUUUACAUGGAUCCUCAUUAUUGCCAGUCUUUUGUAGAUGUCAGCGUAAAGGAUUUCCCCCUUGAGUCCUUCCACUGCCCUUCUCCAAAGAAGAUGUCGUUUAAAAAAAUGGAUCCGAGUUGCACAAUAGGAUUAUAUUGUCCCAAUGUGCAAGGUUUUGAAAGGGCUUCUGAAGAAAUAACUAAGAUUCUGCAGUCCUCAUCUAAGGAGAAGUAUCCUUUGUUUACCUUUGUAAAUGGACAUUCUAGAGACUAUGAUUUUGUGGUGAGUCCAGUCCAGGAAGAGAUGGCAAAGUUCCCUGAAGAUGAACAGAAAAAGUUGGAAUGUUUUAGUAAUGAAGACUUUGUUUUGCUAUGAGGAUAUUUUUAUUUAUUCAUUUAAAGUUUUAUGUCCAGUCUUCACAGAAUCUACAAAAUGACUUAACUAAAAGCUAAAAGCAACAUAUAAAACUUAAUUGAGAAUAAUUAAUAAAAACAUGUGGCAAUAAAGCAGUAGACUACCAAGGACUAUCACCAGUGAUCAGUUUUCCAAAACCUGUUUUCUGAAUCCCAGCAAAAGGGACCCUAAAAAAGGAGUUUAAGACUAGGCACCACUGCCCAGUAAUCUUUGCUUUGCAGAACCAUACACAGCACUUCAGUUGGGAAGUGACACAGAGUGGGCACUCUAAUGGUGACUCAAGUCAAGCCUGCAAGAUAAUGAUCAUCAAUUCUUCCAGCAGUGAAUUCCAGGUGCUGGAGAUAUUAAGCCCAGAUUGACCUGAAGUCUGUGUUUUAUCAGUCUAGGUUAAAAAAAAAAAAAAAAA